GGGACGCUUAGGGAUCCGUUUCCUUCUCUUUCUUUCCUGGAUCUCGCGACUCCCCCAAACCCUUCCCACCCUGUUGUCGCCGAGGAGCACCUCGCAGUCCCUCACGAGGCGCCGCUCGGGCCUAGACGCGGCCGUACCCGGAUGUGGAGCCGCUCUCGCCCGGCGGGGACUCGGUGGCGGGGCGGAGCGCGGCGGCGUGCGCGGGGGCUGAGGGAAGCGGGCCCCGGAGCCCCGGCGCCGGCCGCUCGCCGGCCGCUAGCGCCGCUGUCCAUCGCGGAGCCGGCUCCUAGGCACCCAGGCCUGAGCGAGCGGCCGGGGGCCGCUGAGGGCCGGCGGCUCGCCUGGCCUCCCGCUGCGCUCGCCGCCGUGCCUGGGCGAGCCUCCCCCGGCCCUCCGCGCUCCCGGCCGGGGGAGAGCGAGGUUUGCUGGCGGCCGUCGCUGUAGCCCGGCCGGGGAGUCCGGGGCAAGCGGCAGAGCCCCCGCCCACGGCCGCUCGCCCUCGACCUGCAAGCCGCCGCCUGCGAGCUUCCGCGGGCGGGCCUCCAGUCGGAGCCGGGGCCGCGACGGCCACGGCCCGGCCCGGGUGAAAGGCUCCUCGGGGACCGCGCCGCCGCCGCCCCGGUGAGUCGGCCCCGCGGCCCGCGGGGCUCGCUGCCGCCCCCGCCAGCGUCCAGAGUGCGGCCCGGGCCCAGCUCGCUCACGGCUCCCCCACCGGCGGCGGCGCCCACAGUCCGGGCCCCAAUGAGUAACUCCCGCAACAACCGAGUGAUGGUGGAGGGGGUCGGCGCCCGCGUAGUGCGCGGCCCGGACUGGAAGUGGGGCAAGCAGGACGGUGGCGAGGGCCAUGUAGGCACUGUGCGGAGCUUCGAGAGCCCGGAGGAGGUCGUGGUGGUAUGGGACAACGGCACGGCUGCCAACUACCGCUGCUCCGGGGCCUACGACCUGCGCAUCCUGGACAGCGCGCCCACCGGCAUCAAGCAUGAUGGAACUAUGUGUGACACCUGCCGCCAACAACCAAUCAUUGGCAUUCGAUGGAAAUGUGCAGAGUGCACCAAUUAUGAUUUGUGCACUGUUUGUUAUCAUGGAGAUAAACAUCACUUAAGACAUCGAUUUUAUAGAAUUACUACACCAGGAAGUGAACGGGUUCUGUUAGAGUCUCGUAGAAAAUCUAAGAAGAUUACAGCCAGAGGAAUCUUUGCUGGUGCCAGAGUCGUGCGAGGCGUGGACUGGCAGUGGGAGGAUCAAGACGGAGGCAAUGGGCGGAGAGGAAAGGUAACGGAAAUCCAGGACUGGAGUGCAUCCAGCCCACACAGUGCAGCGUAUGUUCUCUGGGAUAACGGUGCUAAGAACCUUUACAGGGUUGGCUUUGAGGGCAUGUCUGAUCUCAAGUGUGUCCAGGAUGCCAAAGGAGGUUCUUUCUACAGAGAUCAUUGCCCUGUGCUAGGCGAGCAGAACGGCAACAGGAACCCUGGUGGGUUGCAGAUCGGUGACCUGGUAAAUAUAGACCUUGACCUAGAGAUCGUCCAGUCUUUGCAGCACGGUCAUGGAGGAUGGACCGAUGGCAUGUUUGAGACUUUAACUACAACUGGAACUGUCUGUGGCAUUGAUGAAGAUCAUGACAUUGUAGUACAGUAUCCAAGUGGCAAUAGAUGGACCUUCAAUCCUGCUGUUCUCACUAAGGCAAACAUUGUCCGAAGUGGGGAUGCUGCACAGGGUGCAGAAGGAGGGACCUCACAGUUUCAAGUGGGUGAUCUUGUGCAAGUUUGUUAUGAUCUGGAAAGAAUUAAACUUCUCCAAAGAGGACAUGGUGAAUGGGCUGAAGCCAUGCUUCCAACUUUAGGUAAAGUUGGCAGAGUACAACAGAUUUAUUCAGACAGCGAUUUAAAGGUGGAAGUCUGUGGAACGUCUUGGACGUAUAAUCCUGCAGCAGUUUCCAAGGUGGCACCUGCAGGAUCAGCCAUUAGCAAUGCAUCUGGUGAAAGACUUUCCCAGCUUCUGAAGAAAUUAUUUGAAACCCAAGAAUCUGGUGACCUCAACGAAGAGCUGGUUAAGGCUGCUGCCAAUGGAGACGUGGCUAAAGUGGAAGAUUUGCUGAAAAGACCAGAUGUGGAUGUAAAUGGACAGUGUGCUGGCCACACAGCAAUGCAAGCUGCUAGUCAAAAUGGACAUGUUGAUAUUUUGAAGUUACUUUUGAAGCAAAAUGUAGACGUUGAAGCAGAGGAUAAAGAUGGAGAUCGGGCUGUUCACCAUGCAGCCUUUGGAGAUGAGGGUGCUGUCAUUGAAGUCCUGCACCGAGGCAGUGCCGACUUGAAUGCUCGUAAUAAGCGUAGACAGACGCCUCUUCAUAUCGCUGUCAAUAAAGGUCAUCUUCAGGUUGUGAAGACUUUGUUGGACUUUGGUUGUCAUCCCAGUCUCCAGGAUUCUGAAGGUGACACUCCUCUCCAUGAUGCCAUAAGUAAGAAACGGGAUGACAUUCUGGCAGUUCUUCUGGAAGCUGGAGCAGAUGUGACCAUCACGAACAAUAAUGGGUUCAAUGCCCUGCAUCAUGCUGCACUGAGAGGGAAUCCCAGUGCAAUGCGUGUUUUACUCUCAAAAUUACCAAGACCAUGGAUUGUGGAUGAGAAGAAAGAUGAUGGCUACACUGCCUUGCACCUGGCUGCCCUAAAUAAUCAUGUGGAAGUGGCUGAGCUCUUGGUGCAUCAGGGAAAUGCAAACCUGGAUAUCCAGAAUGUGAACCAGCAAACGGCUCUACACCUUGCUGUUGAACGGCAGCACACCCAGAUUGUUAGGCUUUUGGUCCGUGCAGGUGCUAAGCUAGACAUUCAGGAUAAGGAUGGAGAUACUCCUCUGCAUGAAGCUUUGAGACAUCAUACUUUGUCUCAACUACGUCAGCUGCAAGACAUGCAAGACGUGGGCAAGGUAGAUGCUGCCUGGGAACCUUCAAAAAACACAUUAAUAAUGGGACUUGGUACCCAGGGGGCCGAGAAGAAGAGUGCAGCAUCUAUUGCGUGUUUCUUGGCAGCCAAUGGUGCCGACCUCAGCAUUCGAAAUAAAAAGGGUCAAUCACCACUGGAUCUCUGUCCUGACCCAAGUCUCUGCAAAGCUCUAGCAAAAUGUCAUAAGGAAAAAGUCAGUGGCCAAGUGGGUUCUCGGAGUCCGUCUAUGAUUAGCAACGAUUCUGAAACCUUAGAGGAGUGUAUGGUAUGCUCAGACAUGAAGAGAGAUACUCUUUUUGGUCCGUGUGGACACAUUGCGACAUGUUCUUUGUGUUCCCCUCGUGUCAAGAAAUGCCUCAUUUGUAAAGAACAGGUUCAGUCCAGGACAAAGAUUGAAGAAUGUGUGGUGUGUUCUGACAAGAAAGCAGCUGUUCUCUUUCAACCUUGUGGGCACAUGUGUGCUUGUGAAAACUGUGCCAGCCUGAUGAAGAAGUGUGUGCAGUGCCGUGCAGUGGUCGAGCGGAGGGCGCCUUUCAUCACGUGCUGUGGGGGCAAGAGCUCAGAAGAGCCCUCUGAUGAGAUCUCGAGUGGGAGUAUCCCCGUGCUACAGAAGGACAAAGACAACACCAAUGUCAACGCAGACGUGCAGAAGCUGCAGCAGCAGCUUCAGGACAUUAAGGAGCAGACUAUGUGCCCUGUGUGCUUGGACCGUCUGAAGAACAUGAUUUUCCUCUGCGGCCAUGGGACAUGCCAGCUCUGUGGAGACCGGAUGAGUGAAUGCCCAAUUUGUCGCAAGGCCAUUGAACGAAGGAUUCUUUUGUACUGAUUAAGAAACACAGAGUGUUUUGUUAGCUAAAAGUAUGUGAUCAUGAGAUCUUAGUAGGUUCUAAAACUAGUUGGGAAUUUAAUGGGUUAAUCUGUAAUUUCAUAAUUUCUUUAUUAGAAUGUAAUUAGACUAUAUAUAGACCACCAUCACAAUGAAAACAUACAUACAGUAUUUGAAAUUGCCAUUGUGUGUGUGUAUGUGUGCGUGUGCGAGUGCAUGUAUGUGUGUGUGUGUGUUUGUGUGUGUGUGUUUUCCUCUUGAAUUUGGAACAUCAAAUCCAUAGUAACUCAUAGAAAAUUUGCUUUUGGCUUUGAAGGGGAAAUCCUUUAAGGACCUCCUUUCACAUUUUUCUUUUUUAAUAUGUACACAUAUGUUAAACCUUAGACAUUGACUUACAAGGGCAGUAUUCUACAUGAUUAUCAUGUUUUCACAUGGUGAAAUGAUACGCUGUUCUAAAAAGUGAUACCGAAGGUGAGUGGGGCAAGUCAAACUAUGUCAUGUGUGUGUGGUGACAGGAGUGUAGACGAGAUGCCUCUUGUCUAGAGCAGUGCUGAAGGAAACAUUGUGUUUCAGGCUGAUUUGAAGUUAUCUAAAUGAUUGCUUCUGAAUUUUUAAGUAAGUGGAGAAGUGUGGGGUAAGAGAAUAAUGACUUUCCCUCCUUUUCUAGACUUAAAAGGAAAAUUGGACUAACUUAAAUUAAUGAAUAAUUUCAAAAUCACCAGUAGACAUGAAAAAGCAAUGCAAAAUUCUAGUGAGAACUGAAGGCUAGCCCAGAACGACGCAAGCACACCUUUUACCUGGUUAUCACUGCUGCACUUCUUGUAUUAACGUCUCACUGUUUGCAUCAGCCAUUUGUAGAAAAAGAUCUGUGAAAAGUAAUUCCUGUUUUCCCUGUGACCCCUGACCUGGGCUUGAUCUUAUCAGUGUGUACACACCAUCCUUUCUGUGCCUCUGAGGUCUCUUCAGCUGGGUGGUGCGUUGUUAGAGGCAGCAGUCUGUUCUGAAUAUCUGUUACUUCUGACAGUGUUAGAGGUUCUACCUUCAUCAGACGCCUUACUUCCAUUCUCUCUUGGAUAGUAAUUUUACUCUAAAGAACAUAGGUUUUCUUUAUACCUACAGAUGAACAUUCUUUAAACUAUCAUCAUUAACUAAGGUACAAUAAAUAGCUUAGUGUCAGAUACUUAGAGAAGGGUGCCAGGGCAUUUCUGGGAAGAAUGGAAAAUACAUGUUGACUUGGUUAGGGGCCUGAGCAUUCUGUCUCCUUUAAAUGAGUAAUCUUUGUAUCCAGCCUAAAUACAUGCACAUUAAGUGUUUUGAGUUUCCUCACUGCUAGAUUGUAAAAACAACAACAACAACAAAAGGAAAAAAACUAAAAAACUCCUGUCAGUUAUUUACAAUAGUGUCUACUAUGUGCUGUAUGUAAGCAUGUACUCUUCAGGAUGGUGUCCUUCGAGGACAGUUUCUCCAGCAUUUGAACCUGGCUGGCUUGUGUCUGGUUGGGGUUGGGGUUGUUGGUUUUUUUUUUUUUUUUUUUUUUUUUUUUUUUCUGUAGCAACUAAAGUGGGAGAGCAAUGUCCAGCCUGGCUGUACUUUGUUGCUGGAGUUUACUUGCAGCUGCCUUCGCCAGCCUCACGCUGAGCUGAGCUGAGCUGCUGUCUGCCUUGCAGACUCAGAAGUUCCAUGUCUGUGUUUAGCUGAGUAACUGCUUUAUUUCUCCUUUGUGUUUUUGAGAUAGAGGCUCACUAUGUAUUCCAAGCUGACCUGGAACUUACUGUGUAGCUCAGGCUAGCCUCAACCUCAUAAUCUUCCUGCCUUUGCCUUCCAAUUGUGUGAUUAUAGAGUGGGGAUCCCACCAUAUCUAACAAGUAUUAAUCAUUUUGGAGAGUACACUCCAUAUUGGUUUCAAGUUAAAAAUGUUCUGUUGGAAGGAAGCAAUGGGGCUGUUUUCUAAGUAUGAUUUGAAGGGUUUUUUGUUUUUUAAAGAUACAUCGGAUGAUACAAUGUUUACAUAAAGAGACAAACUAUCUUCUUGCAGACUUAGAAAGAGCAGAAAUGAGCAUCUUUUCUUCCUUGCCAUAGGCAGCCCAACUCUUUCCGCUUGUCAUCAGGCAAGGAGGGAUAGCUGGUACAGUCUGCCAGCCCAAGAACCUGUGCACCACAGCUGCAUCCCACUUCAUUCCUUUCUCUGUCUCUCAAGCUGCAGUGCUGAGUUUUAUAUCCUGUAAAGCUUCUGUCUGUCAAGGGAUAGACCUGCUCCGUCAUCUCCUCCAUGCAGAGCACAACACACUAGCUUAGGAGAGAGAAGCCAUCAUGUCUGUAGUGCUGGGGACGUGCGGCUUCCUCUUUGUCACUUGGCUGUUUAUGUUAUGCCUAUUAGGAACAGAUGCACUUCCGUUCAGGUCUUUGGGCAUCUAAAAUUAUUGUAAAUUUGUUUUGGGUUUACGGGAGACAGUAAGACCAGGAACUGAAUCAUGCCAGUGACUUUCUCCUGCACUCUGAAACUACUACCUCUUAGUCUCUUUAGAACACUUGGCCCCUUGGCGAUCUUUCCUUCUUGUUAUGUAAACCUCUUUUUCCUGUGCCUCAGAAGAAUUCUUUUCCUUAGAAUUAUUUUUACAGUGACAUGCAUUCAUUUUUUAAAGUAUUGGACUUGAGGGUCUAAAUGGGGGGCAGGAAAGGGUGUCGGUGUCUUGGUGCACUCAGAGCUUCCGCUGCACCAUCUGUGGACAGAAGGAUGGGAUCCUGAGUCGUGUUAGCAUUCCUUGCUGCUGUUUCAGGAGAGCUGUCGGGAACAGUGCUGGAUUCCCUUCCUGUGCUCCUCAGCCCACCACAAUUUCUCCUUUAUUCACUAAGACUGCUGGCUUUCUCACUCAGCACACACGCAACUUAGCAGGCGGUGCUGUCACAGCUGCUCUUGUUCACGUCGUCAAACAUCCUGACCUGUGCUGUACACAUACACAAUUUUUUUGGGAGCAGGGUUUUCAAGAGAAUAUAAUUUUAUAUUAGUGUAAGAAUAUUAUACUAGGCAAAUGUUUAGUUUAGUUACCUGAAUUAUGCUUAAGGUAUUUGUAAUUUAAUAAUGGCAGGUUAACUAGAAGUCUACUGAAACAUAAAAUUAACUGGAAAUAAUUCCUUAAAUUUAUAUUUUUGAUGACUUUAGUCUGAAAGAACAUUUUAUUUUAGAAUGUUGAAAAUGCAUGCUGCUUAAGAUUUGUCUAGUUCAAAAUUCAAGCCUUGCCGGGUCAUUUUUCCACAUGGGAACAUCCUGGUAGUCAUAUAUUGCCUGAUGGAUGUUUUCUGUUUAUUUUGAAUUCUGGGCACUUUUUGGAUGAGGAAUAGUUAAAUUUGUCAACUAGGACAAGGCUGGAUGGAACAGAGCUGGCUUGGGGGAUUGGGGUUACAACAAAUAGGAAACAAAAACAGUAAGCACAGAGACGAGAGUCAUGUAGGACUUGCCAUGGUAUUAGUGGAGAGGGCACAUUUAACUAAAACAUACAAAGGGGUUUCUAAGGUCAGUUCUUCAUAUGGCCUGUCAGUUGUUUUGUAAAUUGCAGAGUUUUAACAUGACUUGCUCUUUUAAGGUCUAAAAGAAAAAGCAUUUAUCCUUUCAGAGUGUCUGAAACGUUUAUAGUAAUAAUUUGUAUAAAAAACGCACUCACGGAUACAUUUUUGGCAUUUUUUUUUUAAAUUGCAGUGAGCACCACAUAUCAUAAGGUGUGUUGUCCUGACUGCUUCUUAACAUGCAGUUUAGAAGGGCCACUUCCACUCAAUCUGUGCCCAUCAGACGCUUCCUUCUUCCUUCCCUCUGUGCAGUAGGGUUCUGACUACUUGUAACACAGACACUCAGACUACUGAGUAGAGUCAUUUGUGUUUGCAAGAUCCAAGCCUAGGUAAACAUCAGGUUCCAGAGAUUUGAGGAAGGGCAUCUCUCCCCUGCCAUAACUGCUAUUUUUUACAUUUAUGUUCAUUGAAAGUGUUUAUUAUUUUGUUUUGAGCCAGAGGGGGAAAACACAUUUUAAAUAUGGAAAAUAAGUUAGCUUUGGUUUUGUACUAUAUUGGGAAAGUAAUAGAUUUUUCAAAAGUAAUUUGUGCCUUGUUAUAAAUGUCAGUUGUCAUUGAGUCUACCUGUCAAAAGUCACAGAACACAUUUUUCUUUCAAAAGGCAACCUAAUUUAGCUUGCUUGAGUAUUACAAUAGGAAUGCUUACUGACACUACUUGAUAAUCAUGUAUAUCCUUUGACUCACACACACAAACACACAUGCAAUGGCAGUAUUGAUAAUUACAGCUGUAUGUCUUUAAACACUAAACAUGAGGAAGCUUUUUAAUGUUGUCUUGUGUGUGUGCUGCUUUCCUGCAGUGAAGGAGAAAUCCUUUGCACCGAGCUUCGGUGGCUGAAAAGUGGCUAGCAGUGGCAUAAUUACAAUGUAAAGUAGGAGCGGAUAGUUAAUAAAGUUAAGUCGCUACCUUGGCAUUUUCUACCUCCUUUUCGACCAGAACACUGCUUUUCUUUCCACCGUCCAGCAUCUUGUCUUAUUUGUGGGAGAAAAGGAAGCAACCUGAAGUUAAAGUUAGAUUUUCUUUCUUUCUUUCUUUCUUUUUUUUUUUGAGAAUUUAAGUAAUAGAUACAGGAAAAGUAACCUGUCACAUUAAUUUGGUGCCUAAAUUCAAAGGUUUGAAUUGAUAUACAACUGUCUAAGAAGGAGAGUAUUUGGACUGACCUGUAUAGUUCUCUUGAUUUUAUUUCAUAAACAUGACUUCUUUCUUCAAAAACAAAGUGAUUUUCUAAUUUUUUAUGAAAUAAGCAAAUAUGCCAUUUUGUCUGAGUACAGUUUCAGGAAGCUAUUGAGAGUUCUGACUCAGGGCUUUUUAACAGUUAAAGCAAUUGUUAAUAUAUUUUGGAAACUCCAUCUGCAUAAUUCUUCAGUGCCUUGAUUAACUUGGCAACACUUUAAAAAACUUUGUAUUAGGCAACCUCCAGUGCACAGUCAUGAUACGCAGGCUCCUCCUGAGCCUGCUGAGCGUGUGCAAGAACACCUCUGCGUGGGCUGGGCUUGCCUCAGUCUUUAAGGGAAGUCUUCUACAUUUGCACUUGAUACUUGGUUUUUUUGAUUCUGUUUUUUACAAACUGAUUAUUCAAGGCCAUGGCACUGUUAACCAGAAAAAUGGUGUUUGUUGUCUAUCUGCAAGUCACCUCAAAUAGCUGUUGGGGAGAGACCAGAGCUCAUACACUUUGUACCUAGUACGAGAAGAUGAUCAGCUCAGAAAACAGAUCAUCUUCCUCUCAAGUGGAAACCAAACCAAACCCUUUGUUCAAGUGGUUCAGUUGAAUAAAUAAUUGAAAGGAAAUCAUGAAUUGCAUGUCAUUUUUAAUGCUGAUCUGUAGACUAAAUGCAUGUUUUUCUGUCUCCUUCAGUAUGUGUCUGCCAUCCUAAGUACAGUAUAUUCAAAUGGUAGAAAAAGGCUGACUUAAAUGUUUUGCGCUUUGUAAUUUUUCCAGUUCUUUUUAGCUUUCAAUGUUGGAAUAAAUUUAAAUCUUGUUUAUGGAUAAAGUUUCUGUAUGGAAAAAUGAUUCUUGUUUUAUUAGCUUUUGUUUAAGAAAAAAGCUUAGUAAAAACUAAGCUUUUAAAAAUAAAUGCAAACAUUUACCAUUAAUAAAAUCUGUGGUAUAAUAUGUUUUUCUCUGA